AUGCGCCCGCUAGUCGUCUGUACUUGCGUCCUCUGCACAACCACAAACUUCGUUCCGCCCAUCCACAAGUAUAUAAUGGUGAUCUCCCGUCCCCUCACUCCCACUAAACACUCUCAGUGACUUAAUGGGCUCAUCCUUCAACGCUUCCACCACCAACCAGACCACCAACAAAAUGUCCACAAACACUAACCCGCCGGUCCAGAAGUCCGACGACGAAUGGCGUGCGAUCCUCUCCCCUGGUACACUGCUCCCCCAUCCCCCAUCCCCUCUCCCCCGCCUGCUGACGUUCCCCAGAGCAAUUCCGCAUCCUCCGCGGACGCGGCACCGAACCACCCAACAGUGGGACCUACCACCACCACAGCUCCCCCGGGGUCUACACUUGCGUGGGCUGCAGCGCGCCGCUGUACAAGAGCACCAGCAAGUUCGACAGCGGGUGCGGGUGGCCGGCCUUCUUCGAGGGCGUGUCGGGCGCCAUUGGUCGGCGCGAGGAUGGGAGCUUGGGCAUGCACAGGACGGAGAUUAUCUGCACCAAUUGUGGCGGCCAUUUGGGACAUGUGUUUAAAGGGGAGGGCUUCGGCGGCGCGGCAGAUGAGAGGCAUUGUGUUAACAGCGUUUCCUUGACUUUUAAACGGGGCUGAGAAAAGGUGUGGGGCAGUGGCAAAGAUCCGUGGUCAGCAAGUGGGUGGCUUUCGGUGUCUGGAAGAGGGUUGUGACGUUUUUUUGUUUUCUUUUGUUUACUGCUAUGCCAAUUUAGAGUGGGUGUGGGUAUGGUAA